GUGUUGUCGUUCUGGGCGGAUCUUGUCCUCUUGUCCACUCCCCGCACUCAGUCUUCAGUACUUCAGCAGCCACUGUUUCUCCGGCUGCGCACGUGGAGACACUACUACUGCGGCUGCGGUUCCACGCGCGCUCAGUCCCGCUUUAUGACUACAUUUGAUCUUUGUUAUGUCUCGAGCCCAAUGCUGUCAACCUCGCACCUUUUUCACUCAUUUUUCAGAGGCCUCGCGCGGACGAAGAAGCAUUUUGUAAAGCAAAAAGACUUACUGAGAAUGAGUCCCGCAUAACUUCGGUUAUUGUUGUUAUCUACCCCCACCCCUCCUUUUCUCCUUUUUCUUUUUUACCCCUGUCCCGCGCUCUGUCUCUCUCUCCAAGUUGGGUCCUUGCACAUAAAGUAUGGUAGAUAAAGGCCCCUUGUUGACCUCUGCCAUUAUUUUUUACCUGUCCAUUGGGGCAGCAAUUUUUCAAGUCCUGGAGGAGCCAAAUUGGAAGCAGGCUGCAAAGAAGUAUAGUGCCCAGAAGGAGAAAAUACUUGAGGACUAUCCCUGUCUGACGACACGUGAUUUGGACAAAAUAUUAGAGGUGGUGUCCGAUGCUGCAGGCCAAGGGGUCACUAUAACUGGCAGCAAGACUUUCAACAACUGGAACUGGCCAAAUGCUGUUAUCUUUGCCGCCACUGUUAUCACAACUAUCGGGUAUGGGAACAUUGCCCCGAAAACGUCAGCAGGCCGAGUAUUUUGCAUCUUCUAUGGGCUGUUUGGUGUACCUUUAUGUCUUACCUGGAUCAGUGAGCUAGGAAAGUUCUUUGGUGGCAGAGCCAAGCACCUGGGCCAGUUUUUAACCAAGAAAGGAUUUUCUCUGAGAAAGGCUCAAUUUACAUGCACAGCUAUUUUUCUUCUCUGGGGUGUGCUGGUCCAUUUAGUCCUCCCACCUUUUGUAUUUAUGUCCCAAGAGGGUUGGACAUAUAUUGAAGGCUUGUACUUCUCAUUCGUCACCUUGACUACAAUUGGUUUUGGGGAUUUGGUUGCAGGUGUGGAACCCAAUAAAGAAUACCCAACUCUCUACCGUUACUUUGUAGAAGUGUGGAUUUAUCUGGGGUUGGCCUGGCUUUCUUUAUUCUUCAACUGGAAAGUGCGAAUGGUGAUUGAGGCCCACAAGGCACUGAAGAAACGCCGCAAACUACGCAAGCUAUCUCUUGAUGAGCUCCGGCACUACAAAGAGUCUCACAAGGCCUCUCUUCGUUUGCCACCCACUCCUAAUGAUGUCAACAUCUUCAGCUUCCUGUCAAAAAAGCAAGAAGGCUACAAUGAUUUGAUCAAGCAGAUUGGCACUAAAAAAGAUGGCAGAAACAACAGCAGUAGCAGUGCCAACACCAAAGACAAAGGCAAAGACAUUGGUCGUUCCAAGAGUUGCAAUGAUGCUCCCAUGUUUAAUGGUCACACCAUCCUCAGUCUGGACCGUUCACCACGCCAGAAGAGACGCUAUAGUUUCAGUGACCGAGUAACUGUUGCUUUUUCAAAGUCCAAGAACUACCUCCUGGGUACAGAUAAUGGUUUGCUGCUAACAGACGACCAUGUAGAGGGUGACUUAGAACUUGACCAGGACCAAAUGUAUGAGAACCAGCUUGACAAGGAUGUCGAACUAGAGAGCGGCGGAGUGGGAGAUUGUGGAGCUGGUGGUCGAAGGACAUGGGACUGUAAAGAAUAUAAUUCCCUACGGUUCCAAAAUGCAAACAUUACUUUUAUAGACGAGGAGAACUUUCUCAGCAACAACUUGGAGGAGGAGGAUGAGGAGGAUGACGAUGACGAUUCAAAAGCAAAAAUAUCCAUUACUACGUGUGAUGAAAACAUUGAAACAAACUCCAAGGAGGAACAGAGUUCUGAAUCUGAAGGGUCUGUGUUCACUAGUGACUGUUCAGAACAUAGCCACUCCUAUGAGAAACUUGUAGAGGAAUAUGCAAAGGAAGAAAAUACAGAAUCCUGAUCUUCUGUUGCUGACUGGUAUUGAAGUAGAUGUAUUCUAAUAUGAAUUUUUAUAAAUGAAUAUCAGAAGUCCCAUUGCACUUUUGUAAAAGACUGCAAAGGCAAGCUCAAAUUUCAAAUGAAUGUUCUGUUCUUAGCUGUGAAAUGAAAAUCCACGUCACUGAGAUGAGCUUCCUAUGAACUCCUGAACAAAUAUAUCCUACAUCUUGAUGUGGACCACAGAGCAUGACAUGUAACCCCAUGAGUAUUUAACAUCUGCUCUAUUUAUGUCUUCUUUUUUUUUUUUUUUUUUUAUACGGUUUGAAAAACUACAUGCCACAUCCUUAUUGUAAUGUCCAGACUAAUAACCAUUUUCCACAAGUCCUUUUUUUUUCUACUCAUAAGUCUAAAGAAAUUAUACCUGGAGAUGUAUUUGAUUUCCAGUAGUUUCUUCUACACAUAUUCACCAUAUUGGUGUUUUUAUAAUAUUUAUUAAAAUGAAGGACGUAGUAGCUUUUAUUCACUGGCUACACGGGUUCUCCCAUUACAUAAUACCACCGAAUGAGGACAGUUCAGAGUCCAUUUCAGUGCAGAUUAUCUUUUUAAAAACCUGAGCCAAACAUUUGUCCUUUAUAGAAAAAUUAAGGAGGUUAAGAGCCAAUUCUCCUCCUUUCGUUUGUGAAGUCCUUGCUUUCUUGUUGUGUCUGACAUUGCUGUUUUAUUUUGACUGUAAGCGAAUGGAAUUGUGACUGCACUAGAGGUUAUCAGUGAUGCACAGGCAGCAACUGAGAGUCUAGAACCAGCCAGAGUACAUUUAAAAAAUUCAUUUUACAAACAGAGAAGCCUUUAUGCCAAAAUCUUAAUUUUGCCAGAAAAUCCUGCCAGACACUCUAAACUGAGAUUUGGUUUCCUUUUUAAAACACUUCUGUUCCUGUUGUGUCAUACAGUAGACGGCUCUCAGAAUACACUCAAACUAGUUUGGUGAACUCCUAUUUUGUUGUUUUGCUGCUGACAGCACAGGUGCAUCCGUGGCUCCUGGGCCUUCUACCAUGACAAUGCUCAAUGGGAACAACACUUUCACAGUAACAAUAUUCCCACUUUUUGUCUCUUUAGCACCCUUUCACUUCAUUGUAUUUGCUCUGUAAAUAUUGGCCUAAAGCCCAUCAGUAGUCACAAACACAGCUCUACUCAGGACAUGGCCUUGCUACUCAUGUUUGCCUUUGGGGGCUCGUACUUGCGAGAGUGACUGAAGUACCGCUGAUGACAAGCCAAGGUUAACUUGUAACGGAUCAAUGCUUUCUUGACAUUUUGUUUUAGUCACCAGACAUGAAGUGAGCAGCAUUUGUGCUCUCACAAGUAAAGUAUUCCCCGCUCCUCUUCUUGUUUCAUGUGAACACAACAUCUGUAAAUUUGAGGGGCAAAAAUAUAAUGUCCAUUGCUUUUCAGUCCAGCUCACCCACUGCCUUUUGCACACAUUAACUUGCACACAAAAACUUGAAACAGUAUUACUUUGAAUAGUAAGAUGGCAGUGUUUGUAGUGUCACAGGGCUACUUUUAAUUCAAGCCAGUUGGACAACAUAAUGUAAAUGUGGUCCAGAUUUUUUUUUUUUUUUUUUAAAUGUGAACACAUGGUCCACACAGUCCUAAUGCCUAACUCUGCCUUACAGAUAUUAAAAAUGCCUUAAAUCCACUGCAAAAAGGAGGGUUAUACAGUACAACGUAACAUCUAUUGAAUGUACGAUUGUACAUGUGAAUGUAUGAUUCACUGAAAAGGGGAAAUCGUUCACACUGGGUGUUUUUAUCCAUUGUGUUUUUUUUUUUGUUUUUUUUAAUUGAGUCACAGGGCCCUCACUCUCUUUGGUCUCUCUCCUCGCCACUUUGAUGUGUUAGUACGGCAUUGUUAUGUAACCACGGUACUUUUUUGGACUGAAUUUCAAGCAUGUUUCUAGAUUAACAGGUUAGACUGGUUUAACCGAUUGCCCCAAGUUUUCCCUCUUUGCUCCAUUGUGUAAAACUCCAGCAUAGUUGUUUGUGUUGUCUUUUUUAUGAUUAAAUUAUUCAUGUUUGUAUAUGAAUUCCAAAAAAUUGUAUAUUUCAUGUAAAUAAACAUUUAAUACAA